CACGCUCACUACAUACCUCGUCAACAGACCAUCCGAGCAGGACAUUCGACCCCAGCAAGGCAUCUUUGGUACAUUUUGGGUGGCUCCCUUGCUGCGUCCAUCUUGGUUGGGAUCACAUCCAACCUUCCUUGAUCUCAGUGCCUUCGGUCCUACUCUGAAACCUCCAAGAUCUCGAACGCGUCACUGAAAAACAGGUCGUGUUAUCUCGACUCGUCUGCACUUUCAUCCUCGUCACCACCCCGGCUAUACAUUACAGGGCCUCUCAUCGAAUCCUUUCGAUAGCUUGAUUAAUCUCCUUCCUAAAGACUUCCUUUGUUCCUCUCCGUCCUCAUCCUACCUGACGUCUGCAGCACCAUUAUCGUGAGAGUCCUCCCAUCCCAUCUCGGUUGCUUUUCACGACCUUGGACUUCCCGCUGAUACACCAUGACAGACAUCUACACUCGUUCGCCUCAACUCACAGCUCCCCUAAGAGUCAAACGCAAGUCAGUAGCUUCGGCAGAACUCAAAAAGCUCCAACGACGGACCCUCAGCGCCGAUAGUCGCCUACCUACUCUUUUCGCCACUCUGGCUUUACCCCCAACUCCUUGUUCCAUCAUGUCCACCGCCGGAUCUCCACCCAAGGAGGUCUCUCAGCUUCCGCCUGAUGAACAAACGACACCAGAGUCCCCAGAACGCGAUGUCGAAGCGUUGAUCCUGGAACUGCGUUCGUCUCUCUCGGCCUCUCAAACUCUCCUUCAUUCGCAGACUCAGCGUCUGACCAAGAUGGCCAACUUGGAGACUGAGCUCUCGGUGCUCAAAGAUCAACAUGCCUUCGUGACUGCCGCUAAGGAAGCAGUAGAGAAAGAUCUUCAGCAGGAGAAGAAACGACGUGAAGCGGCCGAGGAGACUGUCGAGAUGCUCCGUGGGCAAGUAGAGCAGGCGAGACGAGGAGUAGGGAUGCUCCAGAAGCAAGAGAAGGACAGGAAGAGAAUGUCUCAAAUUCCUCAUAUACCCGCUGGAGGAUUCGCAGCCAUGGAGGAAUCAUCUGAGGAAGCAGUGAUGGAGAAGGAGACUAGCAAAGCUUCAAAGAGGACCUCUUUCAUUGGAGCGAGGAAAACAUCUUCUAACUCUGAACCGGACAGUCACAGCAUUGCAGGUUCAUCACGUCCUACUCCAUUCACGUCUCCGAAUCCGGACAUGCCCAAAACGGGGGGGCUCAGGGAAUUGCGGCUCGGCUCUUUGGUUCAUCCCCCUUCCUCAUCUGGGGCAGCCGGAUCAAGUUUCUCAUCUUCGCCAAUCGGUACUCACUUUGAAGAAGUAUCCUAUCCCAUACCGCCGAUGGGACAUCGAACUCCAUCCAGCAGUACAGUUCUAUCCAACACUCAGCUCUCGCCGCCAAAGGCUGCCGGAGUCUCGGACGAAGAAGCCGCCUCCUUGCGCCUGGAACUUCGACGCGUCAAGAGUCAGUUGGCCGAAAGUGAGGAGAGCAGGAUCGCGAGCGAGGCGUGUCUCAAGGCUCUUCGAGAAUUUAUGGCGUCUGGUGGAGAAGGCGAAGCGCCCCCGAACGAGCUCUUGCGAGAAAUGAGAUUACCACCGUUACCGAGCGAUGUCGAACCGGGGAUGGAAGAAACCAACGUGAAGAAAUCAUCUGGAUCAGGAUGGGGCUUCAAACUCUGGCGAGGAGGUGCUCAAUCUAGUGGUGGUGGCGGCGGUCCAGCCUCAUCUCCCGCAUCGACCAUGGUCGAACCUCCCGGUAGUCCUGAGAGCGAAAAGAUGCUCCCAUCGGCCCAAUUCGCGAGUACACCAAAAAUAGGAACUUCAGGUUCCCCUUUACCUACUCCCGGGGAUUUACCUGUGGAAGGUGCUGUUCAGGCGGUACCUACUAGUCAGACUCCACUCGCCAGCUUUGUCAGUGGAUGGACAAAGGGAGUCGUCCCCGGAACACCAGUCGAUCGACCCUCGGCUCCGGGUCGGAAACUGACCAGUUUCUUCUCCCGUGGAAAUGCAAAGAAGGAUGAAACGGAGUCACCAGUUGUUCAAGACACUAUCGAAGGGGAAGCAUCCCAAGCUGAGGACGCCGAUGGAAAAGGUGCCGCAGCCGAGCUCGAGCCAAGUCCAGACAUUGUCGAUUUGACUGAGGGAGCAGAGGAUAAGAGAGCUAGCGGGACAACUGGCAGUGGGACAGAGGAUGUCAUUGGAACUCCGAAAGGCAGUCCCGAAGUGCAAACGUCAAAGCUGAGCCCAGACGUGAAGCAGGUAGAUGUGGAGUAAACCGCACUUUCGGUAGGAUGCAAUUCAAGCAGGAUGAUAUAGACUCAUGACUAUCCCCUCCUCACGGUUCUUAUUCACAUCUGUACCAUGCACAUCAUGACACA